AUGUCUCUCGAAGUGAACGAUUUUUUCUUUGUCUUUCAGGGACCCGAUGGAAAGUUUGGUAUACCACAAGCCGCCAUUGAAUCUGUUAAUCGUAACAAGGUUGGCCUCAAGGGGCCUCUCAUGACGCCCAUCGGCAAAGGCCACAGAUCCUUGAAUCUUGCAUUGAGGAAGGAGUUCAACUUGUAUGCCAAUGUUCGACCUUGCAGAAGCUUAGAAGGGUACAAAACCUUGUAUGAUCACGUAGAUGUUGUUACCAUUCGUGAAAAUACUGAAGGAGAAUAUUCAGGAAUAGAACAUGAAAUCGUUGAAGGAGUUGUCCAAAGUAUUAAGUUGAUCACCGAAGAUGCCUCAAGGAGAGUAGCAGAAUUUGCCUUCCAAUAUGCUGUGGAAAACAAUAGGAAAAAAGUCACUGCAGUCCACAAAGCAAACAUUAUGCGUAUGUCGGACGGUCUCUUCUUGAGAUGCUGCAGAGAGGUAGCGAAGAAUUUCCCUCAAAUCAAAUUCGAAGAACGGUACCUCGACACUGUUUGCCUCAACAUGGUACAAGACCCGCACCAAUACGACGUACUUGUCAUGCCAAAUCUGUACGGUGACAUUCUCUCUGACAUGUGUGCGGGGCUCGUCGGUGGAUUAGGUUUGACGCCGUCAGGCAACAUUGGACUGAACGGAGCCCUAUUCGAAUCUGUGCACGGUACAGCUCCCGACAUAGCCGGCCAGGACAAGGCGAACCCCACCGCUCUUCUGCUCUCUGCCGUCAUGAUGCUCAAGUACAUGGGCCUGAACUCUCACGCGGAAAGGAUACAGAACGCGUGCUUCGCCACCAUCAAGGAGGCCAAGUUCCUCACCGGGGACCUCGGCGGCAAAGCGAAGUGUUCGGAGUUCACGAACGAGAUUUGCGAGAAGGUGGCCAUAUCGUAAGGGCCGCGCAGAAGUUUUGUGGAAUUUGUGCUCCAUACUUCCAUUUGAACUUAACCACAACUGACUCAUCUUGGAUGUGCAUUUUGCAGACUUUCAAAUUGAUGCAGUUCAAAUAGAAUGCGUAUUGUUUCAAAAAUUGUCCAAUAGAACUCAAUCAGUAUGAUUAAUCAGUCCGUCGAUUAUUUAAUUAUUUUACUUUGUUGAUCAUUUACUGUGGCAUAACUCAAUCAAUUAUUUUAGUCGAACAAUGAUUAUUCGAGAUUUAUUUUUAAGUAAUUAAUUUAUUUUUAUUCGCUUAGGAACAAUAUGUAAUAGGUAAUAUAUUUUAUGUUAAGU